AAGAGCAAAUCAUAUGCGGAGUAUAAGCUGUGUGGCGGGAGACCGGCUCUCCAACUCUCCAACCCAUUUUCGCGCGCAACCCCAAUUGUCUUGAGAGAUUGAUGAGUUCUGGUUUGUGUACAAAUUAGGGUUCAUUUAUUAAAUUUCUUCAUUUCAUACUGCAAUGCUAAAAGGCCGUCAAAGCAUCAAAAGAUUGAUUGGCAGACACCGCCGAUUUCUCCCCAAUCGCCAUAUCAUCUUCUCCUCACCCGCCGCUCAGGGUUUCUUGAGUGAGGGCAAGAGGGCCGAUGACUCCGAACCUGAGCGGCAUCACCAUCAGAGCGACGGCAGUGGAAAAGAAAGCGAUCACUGUGGCGCGGAAUGGGUUAACUGUCCGGUUUGUGGAACUAGAGUUCUUGGAAAUGAUCAAACAAUCAAUUCACAUUUAGAUAAAUGUCUUGAUAAAGGAAAAAAGCGCAAGCUACUCCAACGCACACUCCUUGAAUUGAACUUUUACUCAAGUUCAGCAGUCAGAAUUCAUGCUAAAGAAUCAGAGUUGACAGAGACAGCUGCUGUUCAAACUAGAGAUGAUGUUAGCGUUUUGGAAACUGCGCAUAGACUUGAAAACCCUGGCGUAACUGUAUGCCAGUUUGAGAGCAGUAAACUCCGUAAUACUGGUUUAGAGUUGGCUAAGUUAGAUGAUCUUAGAAGUUACAAUGAUGUCGAUGAAAUACCUUCAUCCUACACGAGUGGGCUAGAAGCUUGUACUGAAAUUCAAAUGAAUGGUGACAUGAUCAACGCGAAAUGUAUUUGCCCUUCAUUGCCCACAGAACAUGAGAUGAGUAUAGAUGAUAACAUUGAAUCAGUGGGCAGUGAUGACUUGUCCGAGCUGUCUCUCGAUACUUACAUAGUUGCUCGUAGGUUUGCGGAAGAAACAGAGCUAAAACUUGGUGCGAGUAUAUUGCUAUCAAGAGACCCUGAAAAUGUCAAGGAUGUGAAUGCAAUCAAGGUGCUUUCUACACAUUGUGGAUACGACCAAACAAUUGGCUUUCUCCCCCGUGAAUUGGCUUAUUAUUUAGCUCCUAUGUUGGAAAAGUUCAACUUGAGAUUUGAGGGCCACAUAACCUCUGUUCCGAAACAUCCUCAUGCUGUGGUCCCGAUUCAGAUAACUUGUCAAUGCAAUACAUCUUUUGAUGAAACAGAUAGCAAUAGUGUCAACUUUUUCAAGUCCUCCUGGAAAAAUGUGCUCUGUGUUGCUGAAUCUGCAAGGGCUCAUCCUCCUGGUACUGCAAAAUAUCAGCAUAACCUCCAGGUUUUGCUAAAGGAAGUUCUUGAGGCUUACCAUCAUCUUUUUCUAGAUGAAGAGAAAACUUUCUUGGAAGGCUUCUUAUCUCUUUCAGAUGAUAGCCAAAGGCUUUUCGCUAGGCUUUAUACACGAAAAGGGCCAUGGUUUCGUAUGUGUAAUACAUCAUAUGCUGAAGUAUCUGAUUGCAAUGAAGCACUAAAUGGACUUACUGUAGGAGGCUACAUUACCUCUUGUGAAUUGAUAAGUGAACCCAGUGAUAUUAAGGAGGUCUUGAAUGUUCUGAAUGUUGGUGAAAUACAGGACCUCUUGCGCAUCGUCAACAAGGAAAAUAGGAAGGUUUCAAAAAGAUUUGGUCAUGGUACCAGGAAGCAAGAUUAUGUUGAUGUCCUUCUCUCCGUAUACAAAGAUGGUUUAUGCCCUGAUCUCAUGAAGUUGUUUCUCUUGAAAGCUGGGAUGUGCAUUCAGAUAUCUCCAUCGGCUGAGUCUCUCUUUUGGCGUGCAGAAAGGCUCUUUUUCUUGAAUGGUGAGCAAGAUUUGUCCUCAUUUUUACUUGUUGACUUGGGCAUUGUGAAGUAUCCCAUUUACAACUGUAUGCUGACUAACCAAAUAUUUCCAACCCGAAGUCACCUGCUUUCUUUUGAAACGGCUAUAGAGGUUGCCCAAAUUAUGGAUGAAUGCCUAGAUCACAACAAUGCUGAGAUGGUGUCAAAAUGCAUAGACAUCUCUGUCUCUCAAAUGUCGAGCUCUUUAAACAAAGAAGAGCUGUCAAGCUCUGGGCCUAUGGCUGCUUUUUUGUCUUGCUUUACUGCCAUGUAUGUCUACUCUAAGGUAGUCUUGCUUGGAGCUUCUUUCUUCGAGCGGGAGCGAAGGUACAACGAUGCAAUCAUAUUGCUCAGGAAACUGCUACACACUUUCAAAAAUGACAGAAGAAGGGGAUAUUGGGCUCUGAGACUUUCAAUUGAUCUGGAGCAUGUCGGGUGUCCUGAUGAGAGCCUUCAAGUUGCUGAACAUGGGUUAUUGGAUCCGUGGAUUCGUGCUGGCUCAAAACUGUCCCUGCAGCAACGCGUCCUUCGGUUGGGUAAGCCCCCUCGACGGUGGAAAACACCAAGCUAUUCCAAGUCUCUUAAACGGAAAAUUCCAGAGGUUCAUGUUCAAGGAAGACCUCUGAACUGCAAGAUGGGGGUGAAGAGUGUAUUUUAUGGUGAAGAUGGUGAACGGUGUGGGGUGGAACAACUUGCUCUCCAAUACUAUGCAGGAGAAGGUGGUGGUUGGCAGGGUGUUCAUACUGAAAGUGGCAUUUGGUUAACCCUCUUCGGGCUCUUGAUGUGGGAUUCAAUAUUUGCUGAUAUUCCAAAUGUCUUUUGCACCAAGUUUCAGACAGCACCUUUGGAUUUGGAGGCGGACAGCUUCUACGAGGUUAGAAAGGAUCAGAUAGAAGCAGUCCUUGAUAAGAUACAGGACGGAAUGGCAGAGGAGAUACUUAUCACUUCAUGGGAAUUACAUAAAGGGACAUCAUGCAGGGGGGUAAACUGGGACAGGCAUUCUCUUUCAGAACUCAGAGCAGCAGUGGCAUGCAUUGGAGGCUCUUGCAUUGCUUCAAUAUGCCGACAUUUGGCUCAAGAUUACCGGAGUUGGUCUAGUGGAAUGCCUGACUUGUUAUUGUGGCGCUUCCACGACAAUUACAGAGGCCAAGCCAAACUUGUUGAAGUAAAAGGCCCAAGAGACCGACUUUCUGAACAACAGCGUGCUUGGUUAUUGUUCUUGACCGACUGUGGGCUCAAUGUCGAGGUAUGCAAGGUAAGCCAAGCUGCAGUAUAGUAUAUACUAGCUUGGAUCAGUCAUCAUUGAAUAAGCAAUGUAUUUCUCCAUACAAUAUGCGUCAUUAAUAUUUCAUCCGAGCAGUAUAUAGGUAUAUAUUGUCCAUGUCAAACUAAAUUAGGUGUAUAGCAGUUUUUGGGCAAUAAUUUUAAUGAGCAUGUAACAUCUGUGUACAGUGAUAAGGUUAACAUAUUAAGCAUAUGUGUUAAAUAAGUACAUCAAGUUAAGAGGACCGAUCAUAUCAGGCCGGCCUGACAGAACCGCCGGCAGGUCAAAGCCAUCAGAGGCAGAGGCCCUUCCUGGUGAUUUUUUUUUGAGCAUGUUCCUCAUCAAGUCUAGUUUAUCCAUUCCAAAUUUCAGCUAAAAAUUCAAUCGUGAAGGUAGUCAAAUAAAUUAUUUACAAAACCUAUGCUUUAUAUAGAUGAAACUUCAUGUCAG